UAAAACUCCAACGAAGAAGAAAUCCCGGAAGUGGUCCGCUGCCGCUCCGUGCAGCUGCUGCAGAAGCAUUUUGCCAACUAAUCAUCAUUUCGCCUCGGUGUUUGUUUGUCUGAACACGGAACCCGGUGUGAUGGACCUAGGCUCGGCCUCUUCUCCGGGGACGAUGCUGGACUUGGAUAAAGUCCAGGUUAAAACAGAACCAGGUCCAGACCUGGAGAUCCAGACCCCGUACCCGGUCUUAAAGAGGCUGUCUGUCAAACUAACCGACUGCAGGCAGUGGCUCCAGGGGCGGGACUUCCUGUCUAUGGAGGACCACCCGGACCUCCAGAAACAGACCAACACUGGCAGGAGGAUGGUCUACUGCCCCGACUGUCAGAAGGGCUUCUACAAGGCCUCUCACCUGGAUGCUCACCGACGUGUCCAUGGUGGACAGAAACCCAACGAGUGCUGGCACUGUGGGAAGACGUACCCAACACUGGUCCGCCUCAUGAUCCACCAGCAGAUCCACAACCGCAAACAGCCAUACCAAUGCUCCUACUGCGAUCGCAGCUUUGCCCUGAAGAGGGAUUGGAAGACCCACCACCGGACCCACUCUGGAACCAAGCCCUUGAAGUGCUGGUUCUGUGGAGACGGCUUUGGGUUGCAGGAUGAACUGAACACUCACCUAGAGAUGCACAAAAAUGAGACUUGUUAUUGCUGCAACAUCUGCGGCAAAAUGUUUGUGUCCUACCAGGGUUUCAACUUCCACUGCAACUCACACAAGAACCAGAAGCUGCUGCCAUGUCCCACGUGCAACAAGACUUUUGCAAAUCCGCAGAGCCUGAAGCAGCACCAGGUGACCCACUCAAACAGGAAACCACACAAGUGUCCCACCUGUGGGAAAGGCUUCAAGCUGCAGAGCGGCCUGCGCUGCCACGAGAGGACGCACGACCAUGUCAAGGAUUACAACUGCACCGAGUGCGGCAAGUGCUUCUCCAGCCUGCAGGGCCUGAAGCUGCACAACCGGACGCACACCGGACUCAAACCCUACAAAUGUACCGAGUGUGGGAAGAGGUUCACGCAGAGUCCGCAUCUGAAGGCCCACAUGGUCACACACACAGGUGAGCGUCCGUUCCUCUGCACUACCUGUGGUAAAAGGUUCACCCAGUCGUCUCACCUCCGUUCUCACAUCACGCUGUUCCAUGUGGGCAAGAAGCCAUUCAGCUGCUCUGACUGUGGGAAGAGCUUCACCAUCGCCCACUACCUGAAGGUUCACCGCCUCAGCCACACCAAGGAGAAGCUGUACCAGUGCUCCUACUGUGAGAAGGCCUUCUCCUACCACAACUCCUGGAGAGCCCACGAGCGGAUCCACACCGGAGAACGUCCCUUCAGCUGCCAGGACUGCGGCCUGAGCUUCACCACAUCCGGGUCCCUGCUGAGCCACCAAAGGUCCAAACACACUGGGGAGAAGAACCACUACUGCUUCACCUGUGGUGAGUUCUUCUUCACCAGCUCGCUGCUCCGCAUCCACCAGCUGGACCACACCGGGGAGAGGCCACAUGUCUGCAGCUGUGGCAAGACCUUCAAGACCAAAGGAGUCCUGCGCUACCACCUUAAGAGGUUCACCAAGCACUGGGCCACCACCUGACACCGCAAGAGGGGCGCCAAGACUCUGGACCAGGUGUGGAACUUUAAUUAGGCUUACAUUCAGAAGAUGUGUUUAAAGGACCGGUGAUUUAGGACCCCGGGCCUUUAAACACAGAUUGACUCUGUAGGUCAAGAUGAAAACACUGAGGUCAGUUCAGACCAAAGAUCUCCCUCAACAUGAACAAUAUUGUAAAAAGACGACCGUCUACACUAAUGCAACCAGGCCCAGAGGUUGGUCCACUCAUAGAUGUCUGCAGCACCAUUUAAUGCUAAUCGUUUGCAGCAGAGUGGAGGAAGAACAUGCCAGGAUCGGCCUCCUACUCUACUCAAAAAUCAAUAGUCUGACUUUAUUAUAAACUUUAUAACAGUUGAACUGAACACUGAGGUCGGUGACAAAUGAGGAUGGACGUUAUUGGUUUCAGUGACGUCUGCUGUAUAAACACUAGUCUGUCUGAAUGAUCCUGUCCUUCCACAGAACCCUGGUACUACAUGGGCCCUGGGGCCAAAUGGAGACCUGAGAAUCAAUAAACACAUUUUUCUCACCGAGAAACAACCUCAGUUUGAGUUCGACCAAAACAUUUUUUCCUUUGACACUAUUUUACAAAGACUUUGAGGCAGCAACGACCAAAUGAUGUGUCAUUUUAUGCCUUUCAAGAAGUAAUAAUUCAGCGUUUGUCAAGGUUGUCAGCGUCAGCUAUGACACUACUUAUCGUGAGGGCCUUUUAGGUACACGGGCCAUAGAUCUGUCUGCAGCAGUAACAUAGUACUAACAGACGACACAAUGAUGCCCAACACCACAAGAACCACAGAGAAGAGCUCAGACAAGUCAGGCCAAAUCGGACUGGGUCGGACCUGAGUUGGUGCAGGUUGGACCAAGUCAGGCCAAUUGGACCGGUCGGACUGAGUUUGGAGCAGGUUGGGCCGGGUUGGACCUGACUUUUACUUUGCAUUGUUUGUGUUGUUGAGUUCUUGGUCUGAACUGGACUGAUCUGAUCCCGAUCCGACACUACAUGCAUCUGAGACGACUGGACAUGAUGGUAACAGGAAUCAGCUGUAACAGUGGUGAUUGGAUCAGUCAGAUGAUGCUUUGCAGUGAUUGGUCAUUUUGUGGUGGGAGGGACCAAUCUAAGAGCUGAUGAAAUUGUUUAUACAAUAAGUGAACUGUUGCUUAAAGUUCAAGUCAUUUUCU